AGAUUGGCGCUUUGGAGAGGAGGGAACAGCGUGAGGUCACUGUGUAUCACAUAUUACAGCAGCUCCUGCAGAAGGUAAACAUGAAAAGCUGCUUUAAGGAAGCCGCUGGAUGUUAAUGGAAUGUGUGUGUGAGAGAGGGAAGAGAUAUGUCCAGCUCUGAUUGAAUGCUGAGGAGAAGAGAAGGGGGUGUGCACACAACUGAGACAUCACAGAGGAAAGAGCCGUGUGUUUUCCCCUCUUUAUCGCUUAUUACCUGCCUUUGCCUGAAGUUCCUUCAGCAGUGAGCGUCAGGCUCCAGUCUACUUUGCCCGUGUGCCAUUUCUGCCUGUGCAGAUAAGGUGACCCCUCUUAGCCCCCAUGGAGGGGCUGUGGCACUGGGGGCUUCUGCCUUCACCCUCCCCAAUCUCUCUCCAUAGGAAUGGGGGCCAGGAAAGGGACAAUGGGUGUGAGGAACCUGUUCCAGCUGUGGGAUUGAUGGGGUGCAGACUGCAGCAUUGGCUGGGAGCUCCCUGUACCAAGUGAUUGUUUCUUCUAGGGAACAGGAUCUGAUACACACCAGCAACGGGGUGACCGGGAGGCAUAGCAUGGCAAAGGAUGUCUGCUGAGGGGGAACCUGCUGAGUCAGUGUCAGAGACCCCUGCAAGUAGCCUAGGGGAAGAGGCGGCAGCCCCGACUGAUGUGGAUGUGAGAGAAGAGCAGCGGCCAGAGAAACAGUCACUGAGUGCCUCUAUGUGCCGGGAGUCCCACUGGAAAUGCCUUCUACUCUCCAUCUUCAUGUUUGUUUGUCUUGGUGCGGUGACUUGGUGCCAGGUAACGAGUGUGACCAAGCUCAGCUUUGAUAGUUCCCUUAAGGGCAGAUCCAUGAUCUACCAUGGAAGUCCUUGCUCAGAUGGCUAUGUCUACAUCCCACUGGCUUUCCUUGCCAUGCUUUAUGUGGUCUAUAUGGUAGAGUGCUGGCACUGCCAUGCCAGGAGUGAGCUCCAGAAUAAGGCAGAUAUUAGCAGUGUUCACGAUCAGAUACAACGCAUGAGGCAAGCUACACCGUGCAUAUGGUGGAAGGCCAUCAGCUAUCACUUUGUCAGACGCACAAGACAAGUUACUCGCUAUCGUCAUGGUGAUGCCUAUACCACCACCCAGGUCUACCACGAGCGUGUUAAUACCCAUGUUGCUGAGGCAGAGUUUGAAUACUCUCAUUGUGGCAUAAAAGACAUCUCAAAGGACUUAUUAGACUUGGAACGCCAUCCUGCCACCAAAUUAGAAUUCACAAAGUGCUUCAGCUUCGCCAGUGUGGAGUCAGAGAGUUCAUAUCUUACCCAGCGUGCUCGGUUCUUUACAGAGAUAGAAGGGCUGGAUGACUACAUGGAGGCAAGGGAAGGAAUGCAACUAAAAAACGUGGACUUCAAAGAAUUAGUAGUUGCUUAUGUGGAUUUAGAAAAGCUGCCAUGGUAUGUGUCUCAUUAUGCUUUCUGGGUAGCUGCACUGCUCAUGUUGUCUUGGCCUCUAAGGGUUUUUAUUGAAUAUCGGACAGCUCAUGUUCACUACCAUAUUGAGAAACUGUUGGGAUUGGAAUACAGAGCAUCUUCUACUGGAGACGAGCCCAUAUACAGAUUCAGAAUGCCCAGAGUAAGUACUUUGGACAGCACCGAACUAGAAUGGCAUAUCUGUACCAACCGACAACUGAUCCCAAGUUAUUCAGAGGCAGUCUUGAUGGACCUUACAGACGCAUCAUUAUGCAAUGGCUACUCUUCUUGUGGUUACCGAGGUGUUCUUCAAGCCUGUGAAGGCUGCAACAGAGCAUCCAGCUGUUCUUCAAUCUUCUCUCGCCAUGCUAUACACAGCUGUAGUGCAGGCCCAUCUCACCUCUCCCUUAGUACCAGCCGUUUUUCUCUCUGCCGGCUGCAUGGUUCCCAUAGGACAGGGCUCUGGAGGAGCCGCAGUAGCAGCCUGGCAGACCGUGGGUGCCCAGAUGAACGAUGCUGCUCUUACUCUAGCCAACUUGCCCUCAAUGAAAACCCACCAACAUACCACGAUGCCCGUUUUUUCCCUGUACUUAUAGCACAUCGACAGGAAGGGUGCCAAACCAGGAACUUCUGCCUUCUUCGCUCCUCUUGCAUGGAGACAUCUUUAUGAUAGAAUUUUGUAAGAUCCAAAUGGUACAGUCAUGAUUAGAAACAGUGGGGGUCAUUUAUCAACACUGGGCAGUAACCCAUGGCAACCAAUCAGAUUGCUGCAUUCAUUGUUCUCCUUGCAGCUGGCUUUAAAAAGCUAAUCACUGAUUGGUUGCUAUAGGUAACUGCCCAUGGGCAAAUUUGCCCAGUGUUGAUAAAUGAGCCCCAAUGACUUUACUGUAGAAGUGCAAUAGGACAGUUUCUUACAAUUUACUUAUUACACAUGCUGAAUAGCUAAAGCCCAUUAUACACAAAUUUACAUAGCUCAGUAUUCUGAGAAGUGGCAAUGUUACAGCAAUAUACUCCUCUGUGUUAUAUCACUCUGUGGCCAGGAAUAAAUUAGUUUUACAAUGAAAGA